GAAAAGGUCAUGAAGUUUUCUCAAGACUCCCAUGAUGGUGUUAAGAAGACUGCCGUUGAUCGCAUCCGGUUGUGUGAUUGGAUGACGAAGGAGAGGGAGAAGAUUGCGGUUGCAUCUAUUAAAAAUCUAGAAGCCAAUCACACCCAAGACGGGACUGUGUGUUCGCGAAUAUCUGAGUUGUUUAUUCCAGUACUUGAGCAGUUGGGACCCUACACAAACCAUUGGUGGUGUGUUGUUAUAUCCGCCGACCCUCCAACCGUAUACGUCAUUGACUCUUUGAUCUCAAAUCCAGUGGAGCAGCGUCAUACUGAGAUUGAUAAACUGUUAAUAGGGGUUGACAAACUGUUAUUUAAUGGGGAGGAUGAUGACAUUUGGGGGCAGAUCCUUACAUGGCGACGGACGCGGAUGGAUAUAGAAAUCCAGGAAGACAAGUAAAGUGGCCUUUUUUGGUGAUAUUUUUGGCGGGGAGUUGUCGUUGUGUAGUGUUUAAACUUGUGUUAAUUUUUGUUUUGUAUCUCAGCCACAGUUGCGGUGUCUGGAUGCUGCUAUCCAUUAAGGAGUUUGCUGAAGGAUAUGAGGGGCUGCGUAUACCAGACAUUGAAGUAGCGCGUCGGUUGUUGCUGACCCAAGACAUUUUAAGUCCUUAUAACCUUGAACGUGAUCGUGUAAAACUUAUGGUGAACGGGACAACGUAGUCUCAAAAUAUUUGAAAACGUUUUGUGCCCUUUAGUCAUAGUGAUAUGGAUUCGGGUUCUUGUUGGGAUGUUUAGAUGUGGUCCAAAUGGCCCAAUAGGUUAUGUGGAUUAUGUUGGGCUUUAUUAAACGAGUUAGUUUUCA